AGCCGAACCGAGCCGAACGGAGCCGAACCGAGCCGAACCGAGCCGAACGGAGCCGAACCGAGCCGAACGGAGCCGAACCGAGCCGAACCGAGCCGAACGGAGCCGAACGGAGCCGAACGGAGCCGAGCCCAGCCGAACCGAGCCGAGCCGAACCGCCGCAGGGCAUGCUUUCAAGCCAUUUUUGAGGAAAUGUGGUGAAUGUAAACUUGAUCUGUUUGGGGGGGAAAUUCUGAGUUUGCGCUGCAGCACUCGGCCAUUCCAGAACCUUCAGCUGAGGCUCGCAUCAGCCCUUUUGGCCACAGCCUUGCGUGGGGAAUUCAUGUCGAGCUGAUUGCCUCCCAGGACACCCGGUCUCAUAUUCAGUCCCUGCUUUGGAGGAUAGAGUCCUCUCUCUCCCUCUCUCCCUGAUUUUAGAUAAUGGGCUGUGUGCAAUGUAAGGAUAAAGAAGCAACAAAACUGACUGACGAGAGGGAUGGCAGUUUAACUCAAAGCUCAGGCUACCGCUAUGGGACAGAUCCCACGCCGCAGCACUAUCCUAGCUUUGGUGUGACUUCAAUCCCAAACUACAACAACUUCCAUGCCACGGGAGGCCAAGGACUGACUGUGUUUGGCGGAGUCAAUUCCUCCUCUCACACAGGGACGCUGCGUACAAGAGGAGGAACAGGUGUAACUCUUUUUGUGGCGCUUUACGACUACGAAGCAAGAACAGAAGAUGACUUGAGUUUUCACAAAGGAGAAAAAUUUCAAAUACUUAACAGCUCGGAAGGAGACUGGUGGGAGGCCCGGUCCUUGACAACUGGCGAAACUGGUUACAUUCCCAGUAAUUAUGUGGCUCCAGUUGAUUCCAUCCAAGCAGAGGAGUGGUACUUUGGCAAACUUGGCCGAAAAGAUGCCGAGAGGCAGCUGUUGUCAUUUGGAAACCCCAGAGGUACCUUCCUGAUCCGGGAGAGCGAAACUACCAAAGGUGCCUAUUCCCUGUCUAUUCGUGACUGGGAUGAUAUGAAAGGAGAUCAUGUCAAACAUUAUAAGAUUCGUAAACUUGACAAUGGUGGAUAUUAUAUCACAACUCGGGCACAGUUUGAAACUCUUCAGCAGCUGGUUCAGCAUUAUUCAGAGAGAGCUGCAGGCCUUUGCUGCCGCUUAGUAGUCCCCUGUCAUAAAGGAAUGCCAAGGCUUACUGAUCUGUCUGUCAAAACCAAAGAUGUCUGGGAAAUUCCACGAGAAUCCCUACAGUUGAUCAAGAGACUGGGAAAUGGGCAGUUUGGGGAAGUAUGGAUGGGUACAUGGAAUGGAAAUACUAAAGUGGCUAUCAAGACCCUGAAGCCUGGCACUAUGUCUCCAGAAUCCUUCUUAGAGGAAGCUCAAAUCAUGAAGAAACUAAAACAUGACAAAUUGGUCCAACUUUAUGCUGUGGUGUCUGAAGAACCUAUCUAUAUUGUCACGGAGUACAUGAGCAAAGGGAGCCUGCUAGAUUUCUUAAAAGAUGGAGAAGGAAGAGCUUUGAAGUUACCGAAUUUGGUGGACAUGGCAGCCCAGGUGGCUGCAGGAAUGGCAUACAUUGAGCGAAUGAAUUACAUACACAGAGAUUUACGGUCUGCAAACAUUCUGGUGGGGAAUGGCCUAAUAUGCAAGAUUGCUGACUUCGGGUUGGCCAGACUGAUUGAAGACAACGAAUAUACUGCCAGACAAGGUGCAAAGUUUCCCAUUAAAUGGACUGCACCAGAAGCGGCAUUGUAUGGAAGGUUCACAAUAAAGUCAGAUGUGUGGUCUUUCGGGAUCCUACUGACAGAGCUGGUGACAAAAGGGAGAGUGCCAUACCCAGGCAUGAAUAACCGUGAAGUCUUGGAACAAGUAGAACGUGGUUAUCGGAUGCCAUGUCCUCAGGACUGUCCCAUCUCCUUGCACGAGCUUAUGAUCCACUGCUGGAAAAAAGACCCAGAGGAGCGUCCGACUUUCGAAUACUUGCAGGGUUUCCUUGAAGACUACUUCACUGCAACAGAACCCCAGUACCAGCCCGGCGACAACCUGUAAACCCCUGGUCCCCAGACACUGUCAUGAAUUACCAGGCGUUUCUCAGCCCUGCCCCACCUGCCCUUCACCUUCCAACUCCGUGAUCUCCAGCGUGCAGCAUCUUCCAGCACCGCCGUGCGCAGGAGGGCUGAAGCUGAGAACUUCUGCAGCCCUUGCCUAUGACCACUUGUCCUAAUAAUCUGAAUGUCCUGGAUGAAAAGGAGAAAAACACUUGGGUUUUUUUCUUAAUCAAAGACUCCAAAACUGCAUUGUAUUGAUGUUAUGUAAACUGCAAAACCUCUGUUCAUUGUAAAUAGUAACUCAGUGCCAAUAACUGAUCCUAGUGCUUUCCUUUUUUUAAAACGCAAAACUUAUGUGAUUUUAACUAGUCUUCUCCUGAUUCAACUAAAAGUAUUAUUUUCCAGAAGUGGCCUCUUUGUCUAAAACAUUUUUUUUCAUGUUUUAACUAAUAAAAAAAAAAAAAAAAUCAGGACAGGUGUUUGGUUUUUUGCUUUUUUUAUAUAUAAAAUAUAUAUAAUAUAUAUACAUACCUGUACAUACAGUAUAUGGGUGCUAUUGCAGGGGAAACUCAUUUGGAAGUGGAUGACUCCUGCUGCAGCAGUACCCAGAAAGCGAUAAUUUUACUGCAGACAUGAAAACACUGGUGGGAUUCUGAAAGCCAGUGAUCUAAUUUUUGGCUUUUGCCAAGCAUGAUUUUUUUAAAUUGGAUUGCACUUUUUGUUUAUGAUUAUGUACCUGUAGAUGGUUGUAACUUUGCUCUUUCAGGAAUCAUGUGCUGUAUUUACAGUAAUGUUUCCAAUGUUUGACAAGUGUGUGAUGAUUUGUUCUUGAAAUUAAAACGAACAUAUUUAAAGCAAGAAAACUACACCAUCACCGUUUGAACUGGAAAAUUGAAACUGCAAGGACUUCUUGGAUCAAAACAUGUAUACUGAAAUGUUUCAAAAAGAUUUAUUAAACAGUGUAACCACAUUCAGAUGGUCUUAAAAUCAUAGCAUUUUAGCCAUGUCCACCUGCUAAACUGUUGGUCAUGCAACUAGGAUUCUUCUGUUUUAUGUGUAACAUUUUUCCAUUGUAAAAUAAGUGUGUUAAAUGUCCUGUACUGCUAAUGAAAUUACUUUCUUUAUGUCUGCAAGUUCUCCAGUGGAAUUACUAUGCACUUCUUUACAUUUCAUGGGGGAUGCACAGAACAAAGUAUUACCUUUUCAGUUGUCUGUACCAGCCUUGAAUUACUUACGUUUAACCAAAAAAAAAAAAAAAAUUCCUUUCUAUUUCUAUUGAGUUUUUAAUACUGAGUUGCAAAUUUUAAAGUCUUAAUUGCAUUUUGUUAUGGUUUAUUUGCAAGUUUACAUUUUAAAACUGUUUAACUUUCUUAAUUUAGUAAUUAAAAACAAAAAAAAAAAGAGCAUUUUACAUUCGGAUAGUUGUUCUUUUGUUUAAACUGUGGAGAUAAUUGUGGAGAUAAAAACUUUUCAAGAAGGGGUGUCGUGCCAUUUGCGGCAUCAUAUUUCAUAGGAGUACGCAGACCAGUUGCCUAUGGGACAUCAUUUUCCAAAUUCUGAAGUCGAUAUGUUUUUUAAGCAGCUGGAGUUCAACUGUAAGGAAGAUGGUUGAAUGCAUAUCUAGUCUCUCAUUUAUCUGUUCUACAAACAGUUUUUUCUUUAACAGUUCUGUUGCAUUUAACGUGAAUACUUUUACAUUUAUCAGUGUUGCAGGAAAAUAUUUUCUAUGCCUUGUAUUUCUGUUAUCGCUUUAAAGUAUUGCAGCUGAGUAAGGCUUCUUAUGGUUGAAACUUUUUUUUAAGUUAUUUAAUCCUCAGAUUGUGAACUCAUAUUCCGAAUAGUCACACAUCUUCUAAAGAGAACCUUCUUCCGUUCCUGAAAACUAACCCAAUAGUGAAUUGAGAUUCAGAGAGCAAAUUGUCAUCGUUUUAGUAUUUUCUAUACAAAGCACUGACUGAAAAUCCUCUUGCAAAGGAGGCUUCCACACCCGGCCUUUCUUGGAGUGUGAAUUUGUAUGGCAGUGUUGCUUGUUAGCAGAUUUCCAUGGCAAGUCAGUCGGUUAACGUUUUACAUGUCGAGUCUAUACGUAAUGCUAUGUGUACACGGUAUAUUCGGCGUUGCUGUACCCGCAGCUGUGGAGUACUGAGGGGGCCCAUCGACCUGGCUGGACUUGUGGCUUCCCCUUAGCACUUACGCAGCGAGCCGUGGUCCUCUUUUUUCCCCCCACAGCUACCCCCCCGCCUUAAGGCAUCACGCAGCGUGCCGGGGACCCUGCAGUAGCCCAGCGGGCUGGCAAGGCCGCGGGCUCGGCCCGGUGCCGCCAGGUGCCCCACCAGCCAUCGCUAGGCCACAGCCGCGGCCACGGCGCUUGCCAUCUGUAGUGCAGGAGGAGCCGAAAACGUUCCUUUUGCCUGUGCUCCUCGCCGGAAGCAAGACUCGGAUGGGGCACCGCUGGGGUGUUACGGCCUUGGUUUCUGACCCUUGGGUUUGCUGUUUCUUGUAUCGCGUUCGGCCUGCGAGCGCCGUGCUGGUCUCUGCCGCACCUCUGCCUGCAGCCGGCUUUGUGUGCAGACUGCUGCCACCCGCGGGUGGCAAAUCCGGACCGCUUCUCAUCGGUAGCUCUUCUGCUUCUUUUUCUUAAUGUUGGGAGUUUUGUUGUUUGGGUUUUUUUAAUCUCUCAAA